AUGGAGGAAGAAGAAUAUGAGGAAGUUGUGGAUGCCCCUGGGGAGGAUGCAGCCCCUCCUGUCAGGAAAAAGACAAUCCGGACUAAAGUGGACCCAUCCAAGUUUUUGACACCUUACCUGGAACACAGCAAUAAAAUGAAGAAUUAUUUUCUUCCAGAACAAGUACAAAGAAAAAUUAGAAAAGAAAGAGGAAAGCCAUAUGCUUCCACAGUUGAUACCCCAGAAAUCCGGAGGAUCAAGAAAGUGCAGGACCAGCUCAGUGAGGUUAAGUACCGCAUGGCUGGGGGAAUUGCCAGAACCAUUUGCCACGUGGAUGAAAAGGCCAUGGAUAUAGAACAUGCAAAGAAAGUGUCACAGCAAGUGAGCAAGGUAUUAUAUAAACAGAACUGGGAGGAGAAUAAAGACAAGUACCUGCUUCCCCCUGAUGCUCCAGAGCUUGUGAAUGCAAUAAAAAACACAGCAAUGUUCAGCAAGAAACUCUAUACUGAAGACUGGGAUGCAGACAAAACAUUGUUUUAUCCCUACAAUGACAGCCCAGAGCUCAGAAGGGUGGCCCAGGCUCAGAAGACUCUGAGUGAUAUUGUCUACAAAAAGGGGCACGAUGAAAGGAAAGCAAAAUUCACCUCUCUGCCAGACCCCCCUGAUGUGGAACAAGCCAAGAAGGUGUCACGGCAGCUGAGUGAUGUUAUUUACCAUGAGGACUACAAAAACAAAAUCAAAGGCAAGUGGAGUCAAACUCCGUGCUAUGACGUGGCAAUCGCAAAAAUGAAUGCAGAAAAUCUGAGCAUGAGGAAAUACCAGGAAGACUUUGAGAACAUGAAAGACCAAAUCUACUUCAUGCAGACUGAAACUCCAGAGUAUGAAGCCAACAAACGAGCUUCAGAGAACGUCAGCAAGUUCAAAUACAGAGCAGACUAUGAAAAGAAAAAAGCUAUUGCAGAUUACAAUGUGCUCCCUGCUACAGAGAACCCAUUGCUGCAGCAACUAAAAACUGCAGGAAAUAUUCUGAGUGACAAAUUGUACAAAGAAGCCUAUGAACAGUCCAAAGGAAACAGGAUGAAUUACUGUGAGACACCCAAGUUCCAGACUGAUGCUGCUCUGAAGAACUUUAGUGAUGUAAAAUAUAAAGAUGCAUAUCAGAAGAAUAUUUUGGGGCACUACUUGGGCAGCUUUGAGGACCCACAUCAGAUCCACUGCAUGAAGGUUGAAGCCAUGAAAAGUGAUAAAAAUUACAAAGCAGAUUAUGAGGAGGAAAAGACCAAGUGCUACUUCCCUCAGACCAUAACUCAAGAGUAUGAAGCAAUCAAGAAGUUGGAGCAAUGUAAAGAUUACACCUACAAACAUCCUGAUCAAACCAAAUUCACUUCAGUGACCGACUCUCCAGUACAAAAGCAAGCAGAGAUCAACAGCAAACAACUGAGUGAUAUAUUGUAUAAAUCCAAAGGGGAAGAAAUUAUUCACAAGUACCACCUCCCUCCUGACGUGCCCCAGUUCAUCCAGGCUAGAGUUAAUGCCUACAACAUCAGUGAUGCUAACUACAAAGCAGACUGGAAGAAAACCCUUUCCAAAGGCUAUGAUCUGAAACCAGAUGCCAUUCCAAUUAUUGCUGCUAAAGCUUCUCGGAAUAUUGCAAGUGAUGUCAAGUACAAGGAAUCCUACGAGAAAGAAAAAGGCAAACAGGUCGGGUUCCGGAGCCUGCAGGAUGAUCCCAAACUGUCCUACAUGAACGUGGCCAAAAUCCAAUCGGAUCGGGAAUACAAGAAGGAUUAUGAAGUCACCAAGACCAAAUAUCACACUCCCCUGGAUAUGUUCAGUGUGACAGCUGCCAAGAAAGCCCAGGAAGUGGUGACCAACACUGGCUAUAAGCAGCCAAUUCACAAUUACACCCUCCUGCCUGAUUCUGUGAACCUGGAGCUGUCCAGAAACGUGAUGCAGCUUCAGAGUGAUAAUCUGUACAAAUCUGACUUCAAUAACUGGCUGAGAGGAGUUGGCUGGGUCCCAAUUCAGUCACUGGAUGUAGAAAAGGCCAAGAAAGCCUCAGAGAUUCUCAGUGAGAAGAAAUACCGCCAGCAUCCCGACCAGCUCAAGUUCUCCAUCCCCAUGGAUGCCAUGGAGCAAGUGCUGGCAAAGCAAAAUGCCAAGACCAUGAACAAGAGGCUGUACACAGAUAAAUGGAACAAAGAGAAGACCAGCAUCCAUGUGAUGCCAGACACCCCAGAAAUUCUGCAGUGCAAAGUGAACCAGAUGACAAUGAGUGAUGUGAGUGCUCGUGGUGGGCGUUCAGUGCCUCAGGAAAAGAAGAAGGGUUAUGACCUGCAGCCAGAUGCAAUUCCAAUAAAAGCAGCCAAAAGCUCCAGGGACAUCGCGAGCGACUAUAAAUACAAGCUGGCCUAUGAGAAAGCCAAAGGGAAGCACAUCGGCUUCCGCAGCCUGGAGGACGACCCCAAGCUGGUGCACUUCAUGCAAGUGGCCAAGAUGCAAUCUGACAGGGAGUACAAAAAGGGUUAUGAGAAGGCCAAGACUAAUUUCCACACUCCAGUUGACAUGGUCAGCGUGGUGGCAGCCAAGAAAGCUCAGGAAGUGGCUACAAAUGCAAAUUACAAGAACUUAAUCCACACCUACAACGUCCUGCCCGAUGCUAUGAGCAUUGAAUUGGCCAAAAACAUGAUGCAGUUACAAAGUGAUAAUCAAUACAAAGCAGAGUAUGAUGAAACGAUGAAGGGUGUUGGAUGGAUCCCACUGGGCUCCUUGGAAGCUGAGAAGAACAAAAAGGCCAUGGAAAUUGUGAGUGAGAAGAAAUACCGCCAGCACCCAGACAAGUUGAAGUACUCUGUUCCUAUGGAUUCCAUGAACAUGGUCUUGGCUUUAAAUAAUGCCAAAAUCAUGGAUGAGCACAAGUACAAAGAAGCCUGGGAAGAAGACAAAAAGAAAAUUCACAUCACCCCAGAUAUUCCACAGAUUGUUUUAGCAAAAGUAAAUGCGUUCAAUUUAAGUGAUAAAAUGUACAGAUCUUCAUUUGAAGAAACCAGGAAGAAAGGAUAUGAUCUCAGGGCUGAUGCUAUUCCUGUCAAAGCUGCCAAAGCUUCCAGGGAUAUUGCCAGUGAUUAUAAAUACAAAUUAGGGUACGAACAAGACAAGGGGAAACUCGUCGGCUUCCGCAGCCUCCAGGACGACCCCAAACUCGUGCACUGCAUGCAAGUGGCCAAGAUGCAGUCAGACAGGGAGUACAAGAAAGCCUAUGAGAGCAGCAAGACUCACUACCAGACACCUUCUGAUGCCCUCAGCGUGGUGGCAGCCAAGGAGGCCCAGGACCGUGUCACCAACACCAACUACAAACGCCUGAUCCACCAGUACAUGCUCCUGCCAGAUGCCAUGAGCUUGGAGCUCUACAGGAACAUGAAUCAGAUCCAAAGUGAUAACGAGUACAAGCAGGAUUACAAGGAGUGGUUCAGGGGCAUUGGUUGGAGUCCCAUCGGUUCUCUGGAUGUGGAGAAGUCCAAGAAAGCCACGGAGAUCGCGAGCGAUCGGAAGUACCGGCAGCACCCCAGCUUGUUCCCCUUCACCAAACAGAACGAUGCCAUGGACCUGGUCCUUGCAAAGCAGAAUGCAAAUAUCAUGAACAAACAUGCUUAUACCCAAGCCUGGGAGAAGGAUAAAACUCAGGUCCAUGUGAUGCCAGACACACCAGAUAUUCUACAGGCCAAACAGAACAAGGCAAACUACAGUCAGAAACUCUACAAGCUUGGCUGGGAGGAAAUGAUAAAGAAAGGCUAUGAUCUCACACCUGAAGCCAUGUCAGUGAAAGCUGCCAAAGCUUCAAGGGACAUUGCAAGUGAUUUCAAGUACAAAGAAGGGUACCGCAAGCAGCAGGGACAUCACAUCGGAUUCCGCAGCUUGCAGGAUGACCCCAAGAUGUUGUGGUCCAUGCAAGUAGCUAAAAUGCAGAGUGAGAGGGAGUACAAGAAGGACUUUGAAAAGUGGAAGACCAAGUUCAAUAUGCCUGUGGAUAUGCUGGGCUUCCUUCUGGCUAAGAAAUGUCAGGAGCUGGUCAGUGACGUGGACUACAAACACAUUCUGCACCGCUGGACCUGCCUGCCAGACCAGGUCGAUGUCACCGAGGCAAAGAGGGUCAACGAGCUGCAGAGUGAUAACGUGUAUAAGUCAGAUCUGCAGUGGCUCAGAGGCAUUGGAUGGAGUCCUUUGGGAUCUCUGGAAGCUGAAAAGAACAAGAAAGCUUGAAUACUGAAUGAGAAGAAGUACAGACAACACCCAGACACUAUUAAGUUCACAAGUACCGAUGCCAUGGAUGUUGUGUUGGCAAAAUCUAAUGCCAAAAAUAGGAGUGAUAUACUCUACAAGGAAGCUUGGAACAAGGACAAGACUAAGGUUCACAUCAUGCCUGAUACACCUGAAAUUUUGCUGGCUAAAUCAAACUUGGUUAACACAAGUGAUAAACGUUACAAGGUGGGAUUUGAAGAGCUGAAGAAGAAAGGUUAUGACCUCCCUCCUGAUGCCAUCCCCCUGCAGGCAGCCAAGGCAUCCCGAGACAUAGCCAGCGAGUACAAAUACAAAACUGCAUACAGAAAACAGCUGGGCACCACAUUGGGCAGGAACAUCGAGGACGACCCCAAGAUGAUGUGGUCCAUGCAUGUGGCCAAGAUCCAGAGUGACAGAGAGUACAAGAAGGACUUUGAGAAAUCCAAGACAAGGUUCAGCAGCCCUGUGGACAUGCUGGGGGUGGUGCUGGCCAAGAAAUGCCAGGAGCUGGUCAGUGAUGCCGAUUACCGGCACCCUCUGCACCGCUGGACCUGCCUGCCUGACCAGAGUGACGUUGUCCAUGCCAAGACAGUGUAUGACCUACAGAGUGAUAACGUGUACAAGUCUGACCUGCAGUGGCUGAGGGGCAUUGGCUGGUCCCCAAUUGUCCUGGAUGUUGAGAAGAACAAGAGGGCGAGCGAGAUCCUGAGUGACAAGAAGUACCGGCAGCACCCAGACACCAUCAAAUUCACGAGCCUUCCUGACUCCAUGCCCAUGAUGCUGGCAAAGCACAACUCCAAAAUCAUGGACCAACGCUCGUACAUCUCAGCCUGGGAGAAGGACAAAACCAGCAUUCACAUCAUGCCAGACCCUGGGAUCCUUCAGGCCCAGCAGAACAAAGUGAACUUCAGCGAGAAACUGUACAAGCAGGCGAUGGAGGAGGAGAAGAAGAAGGGCUACGACAUGCGGGCAGAUGCCAUUCCCAUCAAGUCUGCCAAAGCUUCCCGGGACAUCGCCAGUGAUUACAAGUACAAGGAAGGGUAUCGCAAACAGCUGGGCCACCACAUCGGGGCCAGGAACAUCGAGGACGACCCCAAGAUGAUGUGGUCCAUGCACGUGGCCAAGAUCCAGAGUGACAGGGAGUACAAGAAAGCCUUUGAGAAGUCCAAGACCCACUUCAGCAGCCCUGACAUGCUGGGAAUUGUGUUGGCCAAGAAAUGCCAGGAGCUGGUCAGUGAUGCCGAUUACCGGCCCCUGCACCGCUGGACCUGCCUGCCCGACCAGAGCGACGUUGUCCAUGCCAAGACAGUGUAUGACCUGCAGAGUGACAACGUGUACAAGUCUGACCUGCAGUGGCUGAGGGGCAUUGGCUGGUCCCCAAUUGGGUCACUGGAUGUUGAGAAGAACAAGAGGGCGAGCGAGAUCCUGAGUGACAAGAAGUACCGGCAGCACCCAGACACCAUCAAAUUCACGAGCCUUCCUGACUCCAUGCCCAUGGUGCUGGCAAAGCACAACUCCAAAAUCAUGGACCAACGCUCGUACAUCUCAGCCUGGGAGAAGGACAAAACCAGCAUUCACAUCAUGCCAGACACCCCUGGGAUCCUGCUGGCCCAGCAGAACAAAGUGAACUUCAGCGAGAAACUGUACAAGCAGGCGAUGGAGGAGGAGAAGAAGAAGGGCUAUGACAUGCGGGCAGAUGCCAUUCCCAUCAAGUCUGCCAAAGCUUCCCGGGACAUCGCCAGUGAUUACAAGUACAAGGAAGGGUAUCGCAAACAGCUGGGCCACCACAUCGGGGCCAGGAACAUCGAGGACGACCCCAAGAUGAUGUGGUCCAUGCACGUGGCCAAGAUCCAGAGUGACAGAGAGUACAAGAAGGACUUUGAGAAGUUCAAGACAAGGUUCAGCAGCCCUGUGGACACUGGGGUGGUGCUGGCCAAGAAAUGCCGAGUGGUCAGUGAUGCUGAUUACCGGCACCCUCUGCACCGCUGGACCUGUCUGCCUGACCAGAGCGACGUUGUCCAUGCCAGGACAGUGUAUGACCUACAGAGUGAUAGGUGUAUAAUGUACAAGUCUGACCUGCAGUGGCUGAGGGGCAUUGGCUGGUCCCCAAUUGGGUCACUGGAUGUUGAGAAGAACAAGAGGGCGAGUGAGAUCCUGAGUGACAAGAAGUACCGGCAGCACCCAGACACCAUCAAAUUCACGAGCCUUCCUGACUCCAUGCCCAUGCUGGCAAAGCACAACUCCAAAAUCAUGGACCAACGCUCGUACAUCUCAGCCUGGGAGAAGGACAAAACCAGCAUUCACAUCAUGCCAGACACACCUGGGAUCCUGCUGGCCCAGCAGAACAAAGUGAACUUCAGCGAGAAACUGUACAAGCAGGCGAUGGAGGAGGAGAAGAAGAAGGGCUACGACAUGCGGGCAGAUGCCAUUCCCAUCCAGUCUGCCAAAGCUUCCCGGGACAUCGCCAGUGAUUACAAGUACAAGGAAGGGUAUCGCAAACAGCUGGGCCACCACAUCGGGGCCAGGAACAUCGAGGACGACCCCAAGAUGAUGUGGUCCAUGCACGUGGCCAAGAUCCAGAGUGAAGAGUACAAGAAAGCCUUUGAGAAAUCCAAGACCCACUUCAGCAGCCCUGUGGACAUGCUGGGAAUUGCUGCCAAGAAAUGCCAGGAGCUGGUCAGUGAUGCCGAUUACCGGCACCCUCUGCACCGCUGGACCUGCCUGCCCGACCAGAGCGACGUUGUCCAUGCCAAGACAGUGUACGACCUGCAGAGUGAUAACGUGUACAAGUCUGACCUGCAGUGGCUGAGGGGCAUUGGCUGGUCCCCAAUUGGGUCACUGGAUGUUGAGAAGAACAAAAGGGGUGAGAUCCUGAGUGACAAGAAGUACCGGCAGCACCCAGACACCAUCAAAUUCACGAGCCUUCCUGACUCCAUGCCCAUGAUGCUGGCAAAGCACAACUCUGAGAUCAUGAACCAACGCUCGUACAUCUCAGCCUGGGAGAAGGACAAAACCAGCAUUCACAUCAUGCCAGAACCUGGGAUCCUGCUGGCCCAGCAGAACAAAGUGAACUUCAGCGAGAAACUGUACAAGCAGGCGAUGGAGGAGGAGAAGAAGAAGGGCUACGACAUGCGGGCAGAUGCCAUUCCCAUCAAGUCUGCCAAAGCUUCCCGGGACAUCGCCAGUGAUUACAAGUACAAGGAAGGGUAUCGCAAACAGCUGGGCCACCACAUCGGGGCCAGGAACAUCGAGGACGACCCCAAGAUGAUGUGGUCCAUGCACGUGGCCAAGAUCCAGAGUGACAGGGAGUACAAGAAGGACUUUGAGAAGUUCAAGACAAGGUUCAGCAGCCCUGUCAUGCUGGGAGUGGUGCUGGCCAAGAAAUGCCAGGAGCUGGUCAGUGAUGCCGAUUACCGGCACUACCUGCAUGAAUGGACUUGUCUGCCAGACCAGAACGACGUUGUCCAUGCCAAGACAGUGUACGACCUGCAGAGUGAUAACUGCUACAAGUCUGACCUGGAAUGGCUGCGGGGCAUUGGCUGGGUCCCAAUUGGUUCCUUGGAAGUUGAGAAAGCAAGAGCAGGGGAGAUCCUGAGUGACAAAAUCUACCGCCCAUCCGACACCAUCAAGUUCACCAGCGUCCCAGAUUCUCUCCCCAUGGUGCUGGCCAAGCAGAAUGCAGACACCAUGAACAAGCGUUUGUAUACUGAGGCCUGGGAUAAAGACAAGACACAAAUCCACAUCAUGCCUGACACUCCUGAAAUCACACUGGCAAGAGAGAACAAGAAAAACUACAGUCUGAAACAAUACAGACAGGCCAUGGAAGAUGCAAAGAAGAAAGGCUAUGAUUUGAGAGCUGAUGCCAUCCCCAUCCAAGCAGCCAAAGCAUCCAGGCAAAUUGCCAGUGAUUACAAGUACAAGGAAGGGUAUCGCAAACAGCUGGGCCACCACAUCGGGGCCAGGAACAUCGAGGACGACCCCAAGAUGAUGUGGUCCAUGCACGUGGCCAAGAUCCAGAGUGAGGAGUACAAGAAGGACUUUGAGAAGACCAAGACAAUCAGCAGCCCUGUGGACAUGCUGGGAAUUGUGGCCAAGAAAUGCCAGCAGUUGGUCAGUGAUGCCGAUUACCGGCACUACCUACACCAGUGGAUCUGUCUGCCCGACCAGAACGAUGUGAUCCACGCCAAGCAAGCCUACGAGCUCCAGAGCGAUAACUGCUACAAAUCUGACCUGGAAUGGCUGCGGGGCAUAGGCUGGGUCCCAAUUGGUUCCUUGGAAGUUGAGAAAGCCAAGAGAGCAGGGGAGAUCCUGAGUGAUAAAAUUACCGCCAGCAUCCAGGACACCAUCAAGUUCACCAGUGUCACGGAUUCCCUGGAGAUGGUGUUGGCCAAGCAGAACGCAGACAUCAUGAACAAGCGUUUGUACACUGAAGCGUGGAACAAAGACAAGACCUCGAUUCACGUCAUGCCUGACACCCCAGAAAUCAUGCUGGCCACAAACAGAGUGAAUUACAGUGAGAAAAUGUACAAACUGGCCUUGGAGGAGUCCAAGAAGAAGGGCCAUGAUUUGCGUUACGAUGCCAUUCCCAUCCAGUCUGCCAAGGCCUCCAGGGAGAUUGCCAGUGAGUACAAGUACAAGGAAGGGUAUCGCAAACAGCUGGGCCACCACAUCGGGGCCAGGAACAUCGAGGACGACCCCAAGAUGAUGUGGUCCAUGCACGUGGCCAAGAUCCAGAGUGACAGGGAGUACAAGAAGGACUUUGAGAAGACCAAGACAAGGUUCAGCAGCCCUGUGGACAUGCUGGGAAUUGUGUUGGCCAAGAAAUGCCAGGAGCUGGUGAGCGACGCCGAUUACCGGCACUACCUGCACCAGUGGAUCUGUCUGCCCGACCAGAACGACGUGAUCCACGCCAAGCAAGCCUACGAGCUCCAGAGUGAUAACUGCUACAAAUCUGACCUGGAAUGGCUGAGGGGCAUUGGCUGGGUCCCAAUUGGUUCCUUGGAAGUUGAGAAAGCCAAGAGAGCAGGGGAGAUCCUGAGUGAUAAAAUUUACCGCCAGCAUCCGGACACCAUCAAGUUCACCAGUGUCACUGAUUCCCUGGAGAUGGUGUUGGCUAAGCAGAACGCAGACAUCAUGAACAAGCGUUUGUACACUGAAGCGUGGAACAAAGACAAGACCUCGAUUCACGUCAUGCCUGACACCCCAGAAAUCAUGCUGGCCAAACAAAACAGAGUGAAUUACAGUGAGAAAAUGUACAAACUGGCCUUGGAGGAGUCCAAGAAGAAGGGCUAUGAUUUACGUUAUGAUGCCAUUCCCAUCCAGUCUGCCAAGGCCUCCAGGGAGAUUGCCAGUGAGUACAAGUACAAGGAAGGGUAUCGCAAACAGCUGGGCCACCACAUUGGGGCCAGGAACAUCGAGGACGACCCCAAGAUGAUGUGGUCCAUGCACGUGGCCAAGAUCCAGAGUGACAGGGAGUACAAGAAGGACUUUGAGAAAUCCAAGACCCACUUCAGCAGCCCUGUGGACAUGCUGGGAAUUGUGUUGGCCAAGAAAUGCCAGGAGCUGGUCAGUGAUGCCGAUUACCGGCACUACCUGCACCAGUGGAUCUGUCUGCCCGACCAGAACGACGUGAUCCACGCCAAGCAAGCCUAUGACCUCCAGAGUGAUGCUGUUUACAAAUCAGACCUGGAAUGGCUGAGAGGCAUUGGAUGGGUUCCUAUUGGUUCACUGGAAGUUGAGAAAGCCAAGAGAGCUGGAGAAAUCCUCAGUGACAGGAAGUACCGGCAGCCUGCAGAUCAAAUCAAAUUUACCAGCGUCACUGAUUCUUUGCCCAUGGUCUUAGCCAAGCAAAAUGCUGAGAUCAUGAACAAGCGCUUGUACACAGAAGCCUGGGAUGCGGACAAGAAGUCCAUCCAUGUCAUGCCUGACACACCAGACAUUCUGUUAGCAAAGGCCAACGCAGCCAACAUUAGCAAUAAACGUUACGUACAAGCCUGGGAAGAAGCCAAAAAGAAGGGAUAUGACAUGAGAGCUGAUGCAAUUCCAAUCCAAACUGCAAAAGCAUCAAGAGAUAUUGCGAGUGACUACAAGUACAAGGCAACCCAUGAGAAGGAGAAAGGCCACUACAUCGGGUGCCCCAGCGCCAAGGACGACCCCAAGCUGGUGCUGGCCGCGCGCGCCAUGGCCCUGCAGAACGACCGCCUCUACAAGAAGGGCUACAACGAUUCCAAGACCCAGAUCCACAUGCCUGUGGAUGCCCUGUCGGUGCAGGCAGCCAAGGAGUGCCAGGCCCUGGUCAGUGACAUUGACUACAGGCAGUACCUGCACCAGUGGACCUGCCUUCCCGACCAGAACGACGUGAUCCACGCGCGGCAGGCCUACGACCUCCAGAGUGACAACGUGUACAAGUCUGACCUGGAGUGGCUGAGGGGCAUUGGCUGGCUGACAGAAGGGUCUGUGGAUGUGGUCAAAGCCAAGAAAGCCCAGGAGCUCCUCAAUGACCGCCUGUACCGCACACGGCCGGAGCAGCUGAAGUUCACCAGCAUCACCGACUCCCCAGACGUUGUCCUGGCCAAGAACAAUGCCAUGCAACUCAGUGAUCGUCUGUAUCGUGAGGCCUGGGAUAAAGACAAGACCCAGAUUUCCGUCCCUUCGGACACUCCUGUCAUGCUGCAGUCCAAAGUCAACGCUCUCAACAUCAGCAAUAAACAUUAUCAGAAAGCCUGGGAUGAAGUCAAGGCCAAAAGCUAUGACCUAAGAGCUGAUGCCAUUCCCAUCAAACAAGCCAAGGCCUCCAGAGACAUCGCCAGUGAGUACAAGUACAAGGAAACUCACGAGAAGCAGAAAGGCCACUACAUCGGGUGCCCCAGCGCCAAGGACGACCCCAAGCUGGUGCUGGCCGCGCGCGCCAUGGCCCUGCAGAACGACCGCCUCUACAAGAAGGGCUACAACGAUUCCAAGACCCAGAUCCACAUGCCUGUGGAUGCCCUGUCGGUGCAGGCAGCCAAGGAGUGCCAGGCCCUGGUCAGUGAUGUUGACUACAGGCAGUACCUGCACCAGUGGACCUGCCUUCCCGACCAGAACGAUGUGAUCCACGCGCGGCAGGCCUACGACCUCCAGAGCGAUGCUGUGUAUAAGUCAGACCUAGAGUGGCUCCGUGGAAUUGGCUGGUUGCCCAAUGAUUCUCCAGUAGUCAAGAGGGUGAAGAAUGCCCAGGAGCUCCUGAGUGACAACGUGUAUCGGACCCCCAUUGACAGUGUGAAGUACACCAGUGUUGUGGAUUCCCCUGAUGUUGUCCUGGCCAAGAUCAACGCUGAACAGAUCAGCAUUCCAAAAUAUAAAGAAGCCUGGGAAAAGGACAAGACUAUGAUCCACAUCAUGCCAGACACACCUGAAAUCAACCUAGCCAAGGCUAAUGCUGUCAAUUACAGCCAGAAACAAUAUAAAGGAGCUUGGGAUGAGCUGAAGACGAGCUACGAUAUGAGAGCAGAUGCAAUUCCAAUCAAGACAGCCAAGGCUUCUAGAGAGAUUGCCAGUGAUUACAAAUACAAGCUGGAGCACGAGAAGCAGAAAGGACAUUAUGUGGGAGUGCCGAACGCGAAGGGAGAUUCCAAAAUCCAGUUUGCCCUGGAUGUAGCCAAAGUCCAGAGCGAGCGGGAGUACAAGAAGUACUUUGCCAAGCAGAAGACCCAGUGCCACCUGCCAGUGGACAUGAUGUCCAUUGUGGCAGCCAAGAACGGGCAGGCCCUGGUGAGCGACGCCGAUUACCGGCACUACCUGCACCAGUGGAUCUGCCUCCCCGACCAGAACGAUGUCAUUCAUGCCAGGCAAGCCUACGACCUCCAGAGUGAUGCUGUUUAUAAAGCUGAUUUGGAAUGGCUGCGGGGCAUUGGAUGGUUGCCAAAUGAUUCUCUUGGAGUCAAGCAUGUCAAAUAUGCUGGAGAUCUCCUGAGUGAGAGGAAGUACCGCACAAAAGCUGAAACUCUCCCGUUCACUCCCGUGGCUGACAGAGUUGAUUAUGUCACAGCAAAGAAUAGCACUGAAAUCCUCAGUGAUAUUAAAUACCACAAAGAAUGGAAUGAGGCCAAGACAAAUUACACUCUCACAGAUACACCACAGCUGGAUAUGGCCCGAGAGGCAGCCAGAAUUCUCAAUCAGAAUUUGUACAAGGAAAGUUGGGAGAAAGAAAAAGCCACUGGUUACCUCCUGCCUCCUGACACGGUGCAGAUCUCUCAUGCCAAGCACUCGGGUGAUGUCCAAAGUGAGCUGAAAUACAAAGCUGAGUAUGUCAAGCAGAGGGGUCACUACGUGGGAGUUCCCAAGAUGAGGGAUGACCCCAAGCUGGUGUGGUACGAGCACGCGGGCGAGAUCCAGAACGACCGGCUCUACAAAUCAGACUACAACAAAACCAAGUCCAAAAUCCACAUGCCUUCGGAUGCCAUGGCAGUUGUGGCAGCCAAGGAGUGCCAGAGCUUGGUCAGUGAUGUUGAGUACCGCCAGUACCUGCACCAGUGGACCUGCCUCCCUGACCAGAACAACGUGAUCCACGCGCGGCAGGCCUACGACCUCCAGAGUGAUAACAUCUAUAAAUCUGAUCUGGAGUGGCUUCGUGGCUGUGGUUGGAUCCCUCUUGAUUCUGUGGAGCAUAAGAAAGUUAAGAAUGCACAGGAACUGAUAAACAAGAGGGCAUACACAAAAGAAGCCCUGGAGAACUUUUCCAAAUACACCAGCGUGGUUGACACUCCUGAGAUCGUUUUGGCAAAGAUGAACUCUGUCAAUCAGAGUGAUCUAAAAUACAAAGAAACGUUUAACCAGGAGAAAGGCCAGUACAUUGGGUCUGAUGAUACUCCUGCUCUGCACCACGCCAAAGACAUGUCCUUGCUCCACAGUGAGAAACACUACAAGAAGGCUUGGGAGCAGAGCAAGCCCAUUGGAUACACCCUGGAUGAGAAAUACGUUCCACUUGUGGGGGCCAAACAUGCAAACCACAUCAACAGCGAGCUUAAAUACAAGGAAAUAUAUGAGAAGCUGAAAGGCCAUUACCUGGCUGGGAAGGAUAUUGGUGAUUUCCCCAGUGUCAUUCACUCCCGGGAGUUCCAGAAAAUGAGGAGCGCGCUGGCCUACAGAAAGAAUUAUGAGGACACCAAGAAGAAUGUUCAUAUUCCAGCUGACAUGAUGAACCAUGUCCUGGCCAAGAAGUGCCAGUACAUCCUCAGUGACCUGGAAUACCGCACGUACUUCCACCAGUGGAGUUGUUCCCCUGAAGAAAACGAUGUUAUUCACGCCAGGAAAGCCCAGGAGAUCCUGAGUGAUGCUGUGUAUAAAGAUGACUUAAACUGGCUGAAGGGACUUGGAUGUUACGUCUGGGAUACGCCACAAAUCAUACAGGCUAAGAAAUCCUAUGACCUGCAGAGCCAGAUAAAAUACACCUCUGCAGGGAAGGAGAACUUCCAGAACUUCAGUGUGGUUACAGACACCCCUGUCUAUGUGACUGCUCUGCAAAGUGCUGCCAAUGCCAGUGAGGUGAAAUACAAGGAGGAAUUCCACAAAACUAAGGACAAGUACACAACUGUGACUGAGACAGUGGAUUCAGAAAGAGUUCAGAGUUUGAAACAUCUCUAUAGUGAUAACCUCUACAAGAAGGCCUGGGAUAAAGUGAAGGCCACCAGCUAUGCACUGCCCUCAGAUUCUGUAGCCUUGGCACGUGCCAAAGAACUGAAGCACAAUGCAAGCAUUGUCAAAUACCGUGAGGAAUAUGACAAGUUCAAAGCCCUGUACACCCUCCCCAGAGGUGUUGAGGAUGAUCCCAAUACAGAAAGGUGCCUCAGAGUUGGGAAGCUCAACAUUGAUCGCCUGUACAAAGAAGCCUACGAGAAGACCAAAGCCAAGGUGCACAUUGUGCCAGACAUGGUGGACAUCAUCUCAGCCAAGGAUGCCCAGAAGAAAGUCAGCGAGGUCGAUUAUCGCGUGCGGCUCCACGAGUGGCUCUGCCUGCCAGACCUGCAGGUCAACACCCACGUGCGCAUGGUCACCGACCAAAUCAGCGAUGUGAUCUACAAGGAUGACCUGAACUGGCUGAAAGGCAUCGGCUGCUUUGUCUGGGACACUCCUGAAAUCCUCCAUGCCAAGCAAGCCUAUGACCUUCGCAGUGAUAUUAAGUACAAAUCUAAGGCAGAAAAAAUGAAGAAGGACUUCACUGUGGUCACAGACACUCCUGUCUAUGUCCAGAAUGUGAUCAGUGCCUUGAAUUUAAGUGAGGCUGUCUAUCGUGGUGAUUACAAGAAGAAUGUCCAAGGCAAGAUGAUCCCUACUGAUAAAACAGUGGAUUUGGAGCGGGCAUAUAAUGCAAACAAAAUACAGAGUGAGAAUUUGUAUCGCUGGGCUGGUGUGAAUGCUCUGCCCACUGGGUACAGCCUUCCCACGGACACCCCGAGCUUCCAGCAUGCCAAACAAGUGCAGCACAUCGGCAGUGAUCUGAAAUACAAAGAAGCCUAUGAACACAUGAAAGCCAAGGGCUACACUCUGGGACCUAAAGAUGUUGGCUUUGAAAAUGUGAGGAAGGUCAAUCAAGUCAUUAACGAGAGGCUGUACAGGGCAACGUACCACAAGAACAAGGACAAGAUCCACACCACCCCUGACACGCCCGAAAUCCGCCAAGUCAGAGCCACCCAGGAGGCUGUCAGCGACCUGAUCUACAAGUCAGAUUUCUUCAAGAUGCAGGGCCACCUGAUCUCCCUGCCCUACACCCCUCACGUGCUGCACUGUCGCUACGUUGGGGACAUCACCAGCGACAUUAAAUACAAAGAGGACCUGACGUGGCUGAAGGGCUUGGGUUGUUUCCUGUAUGACACUCCUGACAUGGUCCGUGCCCGCGAGCUCCGCAAGCUCUGGUCUAAUUAUGUCUACACAAGUACUGCCAAGAAAAUGUGGCCUAAAAUCAAGGUGGUGUUGGAUACUCCUGGAUACAGAGCAGUGCAGGAACUAAAAACCCACCUGAGUGAGCUGGUUUACAGAGCUGCUGGCAAUGAGCUGAAGACAAAAUACACUCCCAUCCUUGAUACACCUGACUUCAUAAGAGCCAAGACAGGACAAAAAAUACAGAGCCAGUACUUGUACGUGGAACUUGCCACAAAGGAGAGACCCCACCAUCAUGCUGAUGGUCAGACUCAAGCCUUUACCCAUGCCAGGAAUGUCAAGGACAUGAUCAGUGAGAAAAAGUACAAAACCCAGUAUGAGAAGAUGAAGGACAAAUACACCCCUGUCCCUGACACCCCAGUGCUGAUCAGAGCCAAGAGAGCCUACCUGAAUGCCAGUGAUCUGCGCUACAAAGAAACCUUUGAGAACACCAAGGGCAAAUACCACACAGUGAAGGAUGCUCUGGACAUUGUCUACCACAGGAAGGUCACUGAUGACAUCAGCAGUGUCAAAUACAAGGAGAAUUACAUGAGCCAGUUGGGGAUCUGGAGAUCCAUCCCAGACCGCCCUGAGCACUUCCACCACCGCCUGGUCACCGAUGCCAUCAGUGAUGUUAAAUACAAGGAAGACCUGGAAUGGCUCAAAGGCAUUGGCUGCUAUGUGUGGGAUACUCCAAGUUUUGUCCUGGCAGAGCAGAACAAAGUGCUCUACAGUGGGUGUAAGUACAAGGAGAAUUUUGAGAAGACCAAGUCCAAGUUCAAGUAUGUUACUGACUCCCCAAGCAAUGAACAUUUUAAAUAUGCAACUCAGCUGAUAGAUGAGAAAUUAUAUAAAGCAGCCUAUGAGAAGCUCAAAUCUAGGUACAGCGUUAUUGUGGAUGACCCCAGGAAUCUGCUGGCCAAGUGGGGCAGCACUCUGAGCAGUCAGAAAAGCUAUAAAUCCCUUGCCAAGAUGCUCCUGCAGCACGGAUGCAAUGAAAUUCUGAGGCCAGAUAUGCUGACAGCCCUCUACAACACAUACCUGUGGAGCCAGAUUCAGUACAAGAAGGACUAUGAGAAGAAGAAAGACAAAUACACCACAGUUCUGGACACUCCAGAAUAUUUACGGACCACCAAGGUCAACAAACAGAUCAGCGACAUCAUUUACAAGCUGGAGUACAACAAAGCCAAGCCCAAGGGCUACACCACCAUCCAGGACACGCCGAUGCUGCUGCAUGUGCGCAAGGUCAAGGACAGGAUCAGCGAUCUGAAAUACAAAGAGAUGUAUGAGAGGAGCAAAUCUCGCUGCAACGUCGUGGCAGAUUCAGUUCACAUCAAAACUCCCAGGCACGCCUACAAACUGAACAGCAAUCUGGAUUAUAAGAAGAAAUACGAAGCAGCCAAAGCCCACUGGCACCUGAUUGCUGACAGGCCUGACUUUGUCCAGGCAGCCAAGUCCUCUCUGCAGCAGAGUGAUUAUGAAUACAAGCUGGACCAGGAAUUCCUCAAGGGGUGCAAACUCUCUGUCACAGAUGAUAAAAACACAGUGCUGGCCUUAAAUAAUGCAAUCCUGGCCAGUGAUAUAAAAUACAAAGAGAAGCACAACAAAGCCCGUGGGACCUACCACGUUGUUCCAGACACGCCUCAGAUCCUGCUGGCCAAGAACGUCAGCUCCCUGGUGUCUGAGAACAAGUACAAAGAGCAGAGCAAGAAGCAGCUGCCCCAUGGCUCCUUCACCACCCUGCCUGAGACCAGGGACACCGUCCAUGUCAAGGAGGUGACCAAGAACGUCAGUGAGACAAACUACAAAAAGAAGUUUGUGAAGGAGAAAGGCAAAUCCAAUUAUUCUGUCAUGCUGGAGCCUCCUGAGGUGAAACAUGCCAUGGAAGUUGCUAAAAACCAAAGCACAAUUGAAUACAAGAAAGAUGCCAAAUCCAAACUCCACUACACACCUAUAGCAGAUCGACCAGACAUUAAGAAAGCAACACAGGCUGCCAAAUUAAUCAGCAAUAUUGAAUAUAAGAAGCGUGGAGCAGCAGGUGUGGGUGUGACCAUGCUGGGACGUCCAGACAUUGAGCUGGCCAAGGAGGUGUCCAAACUGACCAGCCAGGUGAAAUACAAGGAGAACUUUGCCAAAGAGUUGGGUAAAAAGCCAAAAUAUGAUCUGAAGGAGGCCAAAAUCUACAAGACCCUGAAGGAUGCCCACAACAUGGCCAGUGAGGUGAAGUACAAGGCAGACCUGAAGAAGCUGCACAAGCCCGUCACGGACAUGAAGGAGUCUCUGCUCAUGAACCACGUGCUGAGCACCAGCCAGCUCGCCAGUGCUUACCAGUACAAGAAGCAGUAUGAGAAGAGUAAGGGUCACUACCAUGUGGUGCCAGAUAAUCUUGAGCAGGUUCAUCUCAGGGAAGCCUCAGAACUCCAGAGCCACGUGAAAUACAGAGAAAAGUAUGAGAAGGAAAAAGGAAAACCCAUGUUAGACUUUGAAACCCCCACAUACCUGACUGCAAAGGAGUCCCAGCUCAUGCAGAGUGAGAAAGAAUAUAAGAAGGACUUUGAAGAGUCCAUGAAGGGCAGGAACCUCACUGGCCUGGAGGUCACACCAUCCCUCUUGCAUGUCAAAUACGCCACCAAAAUAGCGAGCGAGAAAGAGUACAGGAAGGAUCUGGAGGAAGGAGUCAAAGGGAAGGGACUGACAGCCUUAGAGGAGACUCCAGACAUGCUGAGAGCCAAGAAUGCCACUCAAAUCCUGAACGAGAAGGAGUACAAGAAGGCCCUGGAGCUGGAGAUCCGUGGCAAGGGCCUGAGCGAGCUGGCGCUGGAGACGCCGGAUUUCGUGCGGGCCAAGAACGCCACCGACAUCGCCAGCCAGAUCAAAUACAAACAAUUGGCAGAAAUGGAGAAAGCCAACUACACCAGUGUUGUUGAUACUCCAGAGAUUAUUCAUGCCCAGCAGGUCAAGAACCUUUCCAGCCAGAAAAAAUACAAGGAAGAUGCAGAGAAGAGCAUGCCCUACUAUGUGCCCGUGGCUGACACACCAGAAAUGCAGCGGGUCCGAGAGAAUCAGAAGAACUUUAGCAUGCUUCAGUAUCAGUCAGACCUGCAGAGCAGCAAAGGAAAAGUCACAGUGGUUCAGGACACCCCAGAAAUCCUGAGGGUGAAGGAAAACCAGAAGAAUUUCAGCUCGAUUUUGUAUAAAGAAGAUAUUGGAACUGGAACCACAAUUGAAAAGACCCCAGAGAUGCAGAGAGUUAAACGAACCCAGGAUAAUAUCAGCUCGGUGAAGUACAAGGAGAGCAUUGGCAAAGGGACUCCCAUUCCUGACCUGCCCGAGGUGAAGAGAGUCAAGGAGACCCAGAAGCACAUCAGCUCGGUGUUGUACAAGGAGGAGCUGGGCACAGGCACCCCCACGCCCGUGACCCCAGAGAUGGAGCGAGUCAAACGCAACCAGGAGCAGAUUAGCUCGGUGUUGUACAAGGAGGGUUUAGGGGCUGGCACUGCCACGCCGGUGACGCCGGAGAUGGAGCGGGUGCGACGGAACCAGGAGCACAUCAGCUCGGUGUUGUACAAGGAGGGGCUGGGGGCUGCCACCCCCGUUCCUGUCACUCCUGAGAUGGAGAGGGUCAAACGCAACCAGGAGAAUUUUAGCUCGGUGUUGUACAAGGAGGAGCUGGGGACAGGAACCCCCACCCCUGUCACCCCCGAGAUCCAGAGGGUCAAACGCAACCAGGAACACAUUAGCUCGGUGUUGUACAAGGAGGAGCUGGGGACAGGAACCCCCACCCCUGUCACCCCCGAGAUCCAGAGGGUCAAACGCAACCAGGAACACAUUAGCUCGGUGUUGUACAAGGAGGAGCUGGGGACAGGAACCCCCACCCCUGUCACCCCCGAGAUCCAGAGGGUCAAACGCAACCAGGAACACAUUAGCUCGGUGUUGUACAAGGAGAGCGUGGGGACAGGGACCCCCACUCCUGUCACCCCCGAGAUGGAGAGGGUCAAACGCAACCAGGAGAUUUGCAGCUCGGUGUUGUACAAGGAAAACAUAGGGAAAGCCACCCCCACCCCCGUCACCCCCGAGAUGGAGAGAGUCAAACGCAAUCAGGAGAUCAUUAGCUCGGUUUUGUACAAGGAAAAUGUGGGGAAGGUGACCCCGACCCCCAUCACCCCCGAGAUGGAGAGAGUCAAACGCAAUCAAGAGAUCAUUAGCUCGGUGUUGUACAAAGAGAACGUGGGGCAGGCGACCCCCACGCCCGUCACCCCCGAGAUGGAGCGAGUCAAAUGCAACCAGGAGCAGAUUAGCUCGGUGCUGUACAAGGAGCACAUGGCCAAGGGAACCCCGACCCCGCUGACCCCGGAGAUGGAGAGAGCCAAACGCAACCAGGAGAACAUCAGCUCGGUUCUUUACUCCGACAGUUUCCGCAAGCAAGUCCAAGGAAAAGCCGCCUACGUCCUGGACACCCCGGAGAUGCGGCGCGUGCGGGAGACCCAGAAACACAUCUCCACUGUGAAGUAUCACGAGGACUUUGAGAAGAGCAAAGGGAGCUUCACGCCCGUGGUGACCGACCCCAUCACGGAGCGCGUGAAGAAGAACAUGCAGGACUUCAGUGACAUCAGCUACAGGGGCAUCCAGAGGAGGGUGGUGGAGAUGGAGCGCAAACGCGUGGACCAGGACCAGGAGAACCUCACAGGGCUCCGGGUGUGGAGAACCAACCCCGGCUCUGUCUUCGACUAUGACCCCGCCGAGGACAACAUCCAGUCCCGGAGCCUGCACCUGAUCUCAGUGCAGGCCCAGCGCCGCAGCCGGGAGCACUCCCGCUCCGCCAGCGCCCUGAGCAUCAGCGGCGCGGCCGACGAGAAAUCGGAGCCGUCGGAGGGUGCUGAGCAGCGCCUGUCCUACUACAGCAACGGGGGCUUCUUCACCAGCACGGCCACAGUGGGGUACCGCCAGGUGAAGACGGUGGAGCUGCCGCAGCAGCGCUCGUCCUCGGUGGCCACGCAGCAAACCACGCUGUCCUCGGUGCCUUCCCAGCCCUCCACUGCCGGGAAGACGUUCCGGGCCAUGUACGAUUACACGGCGGCGGACGCGGACGAGGUGUCCUUCAAGGACGGGGACACCAUUGUCAACGUGCAGGCCAUCGACGAGGGCUGGAUGUACGGCACGGUGCAGAGAACCGGCAAAACCGGCAUGCUGCCCGCCAACUACGUGGAGGCCGUGUGAGCCCAGCCUGCCCCGGGGCU